UUUGGGGAAGAGGGACCGGGAUCCAUGCUUGUUUUCCAGGCGUUCUCUCCUCAUGCAACUCAGGAGGAUGUUGGGGACAACCUUUCUGCUACUUACUCUUCAUCUCGACCUUCAUCCUCAGACUCUUCUUUCCCUUCAUCAUCUUCCUCUUCAAAGUCAUCUCCCUCUUCUUAUUUACCAUCAUCUUUGUUUCCUCGCCAACUCCCUCUCCUACUCUUCCGUGUCCUACCACCCAAGGGGACCCGGAUGGCGACUGCGUCCGUGGCGAGGCCCUCAAGGACUACCCUGCUUUCACCAGCGUUCCAGAAACUUCCUUCGGGUGCCAGGACCGGGUCCCGGGCUUUUACGCCGACGGGGAGGCCGAGUGCCAGGUGUGGCACUACUGCCUGCCAGAUGGACGACAAGAGUCUUUCCUUUGCCCCAUCGGGACACUCUUCAACCAGCGCCACUUCAUCUGUGACUGGUGGUACAACACGAACUGCACGGCCUCACAGGAGUUAUACCGCCUAAACGACAUCCUUUACGAGAGAUACACAGAAUCAAGAACGUCCAAAGCGCCAGAGGACUCUCGAACCCAAGAAGAUUCUCCUUCGGCUGAUGGAUCCCUUUCCUCGUCCUCGACUUCUGAAGGGUCUUACGAGGGACAGGGUCUACAAGAAGCCUUUGGAGAAAGAGAAAGAGGAGAAGGAAGUCCUCUAGGAUUCUACGGCCUUCCAGAGGAGAGUCCUAAAGAAUCCUAUGGUCUUCGAGAAGAGAGUCCCAAAGAAUCAUAUGAUCAUCCAAGAGAUAGGUAUGACGGACGGUGAAGAAGGAUGGUGUGAUGAUUCGUUCUGAGACCAUUUCGACCCUGAGUGGUAAAGUUGCAUUCCUUUAGUAAAGCGAAAAGCGGGGAUAUACUCGACUGGAUAUUUAUUGAACGACUGACAAAAUGAUAGACAAUGACAAGAUAAUGACAGGAAACGUAGGUAUGUUUUUUUUCUUCUGCUGAAGGAUGGACUGCUUUCACAAUGACAGCUGUUGAGGGAAAAAACGUAAAAUGAGAUGAAUAAUUUCAGAAGAACUUGUGGAUUGCUGAAAUUUCGAUUAGAUAAUCUUUACAAAAGAUAUAUUUAU